CGGCGGACAGACAUAAGCCCUUGAAGACUGUUUGUUUAAAAAAAAAAAGAAGAUCUUAAAAUAGCUUUUAAUAGCUUCAAAAAAAAAAAAAAAAAACUAUGUAUAAUAGCUUCAAAAAAAAAAAAAAAGAUCUUCACACAGCCAUCUUCUUCCUCUUCUCCCCUGCCACCACCUCUCCUCCCACAUCACCUCCACUUCCCCUGCCGCCACCACCUCCGCCACCACCACCACCUCCACCUGCCACCACAUCUCCGCCACCACCUCCUACCUCUCAGCCACCACCUCCACCACCACCAUCGUCAAAAACCGGACCGUAGAGAGAGAGAGAGAGAUCUGUGAAAGAGAGAGAUCGUAGAGAGAGAGACCGUAGAGAGAGAGAUCUGUGAGAGAGAGAGACCGUAGAGAGAGAGAGAGAGAGAGACCGUAGAGAGAGAGAGAGAUCUGUGAUGGCGGUGGUGUGAUGGCGGUGGUGGUGCGAUGGUGGUGGCGAAGGUGGUGGUGGUGGUUGUAGAGAGAGAGAGAGUUUGUAGAGAGAGAGAGCAGACCUGUUGUGUGUGUGUUGUGUGUGAAGUUGUUUUUGAAGGAAAAAAACAAACCCUCUUCUCCUUGCAGACUGCAGACAUUUGGUCCACAUCUUCUCUUGCAGAUGCCUGUAGAUGUGGUUCGCAGACUACAGACAUUUCACAUCUGAAAAAACAACCAGCACCGAAGUUAACCCAGUGGAUUAAAAUGGCAACAGUGAAACCUUUUUCAACCCACAGACCGAAAAAUGAAACAUUUGGGAUACCACAACAACUAAAAUCACAUUUAACUCUAGAAAAAAAGGAAAAGAAAAGAAAAACAAAGUACGGGGCAACCCGAUUGAUAGCGGAGUGCGAAUAUAUUAAAUCGUGACCCGAUUGUGAAAUCUUUUGUAUUCGCCCCCAUCCCCAGUUUCCCCAAAUUUUCGACGAAUUAACUGUUUCGAAAGGGGGAUUUAGGGUUAGGGUUUUAUCGUAACUUAUUCAGAAUGUAUGCUGAUCGUGUCGAGACUGCACCAAAGAGUUCCAUCAAAGACCGUCUCAACGGCGGAACCCUAGAUAAUUCCGGCCGCCGUAGACAACUUACCGGCAAAAGGCAGAGGCAAGAUGAUGACAAAUGGGAGCACGAUCUUUACGAACAAGCUGAUCCACAAGUAUCAAAUCGCAGAGUUGGUGCCCUAGACCUCCGUUUAAAGCUUCAGAAAAAGAGUAAUCAACGAGUAACUUCAGGUGUAAGAGAUCUGCGCGAGAAGCUUUCGGGUAUAACUUAUUCACAGUCAGCAGUAACCGCUCCAGCAAAGCCGAAAGCCGUACCAGAGAGCAGUAAACCUGUAAGGAAAAGCGUCAUAGCUGAAGCUCCUGCAGAGACUAAAAAACUUGCUAGCACAGUUUCCAAGAAAAAAAAGGCUGAAACAGUGGACAGCUUCUUACAGUCAUUGGGUCUUGAAAAGUACUCGAUUACAUUUCAAGCAGAGGAAGUUGAUAUGACUGCGCUUCUACACAUGACUGAUGAAGACCUAAAAGCUAUAGGAAUUCCAAUGGGUCCGAGAAAGAAGAUCCUUCUUGCGUUAGAAUCCAAAGGAUGAGCUCAUGUUUUGAAACGGUAUGUGCUUUGUGGGUUAAAUUUUGUUCUUAGGCGUCUUGAUGAAGUCACAUUGAUAGGAUUAGAACUGUGUAAUAAUUACUAUGAAUUUGGUGUGCUAUACUAUAUAAUGUUAAUUUUCUAGAUUUACCUACCCGCAGUAGGUUCGUGCCUUUGAUAAUAUUGUUUACUUUUUGUUUUAGAA